GGCCGGGGAAGAUGGUGGAGGACGGCGCGGAGGAGCUGGAGGAUCUGGUACACUUCUCCGUGUCCGAGUUGCCUAGUCGCGGCUACGGCGUUAUGGAGGAGAUCCGGCGGCAGGGCAAACUGUGCGACGUGACGCUCAAGUUGAAGCUGAGGAUGCUUAGCUGCUUGCAGAAUGGCAGGCCAGAGGAGACCGUGAUGGCUCCUGUGUUCCGGUGGACCUGACCGGCUGUGUUCAGGGCCGUGAAGAUUGGGGACCACAAAUUCAGUGCUCACCGGAUCGUCUUAGCAGCCUCUAUCCCGUACUUCCACGCUAUGUUUACAAAUGACAUGAUGGAGUGCAAGCAGGACGAGAUAGUGAUGCAAGGAAUGGACCCAAGCGCCCUGGAAGCUCUGAUCAACUUUGCCUACAAUGGCCACCUUGCCAUUGACCAGCAAAAUGUCCAGUCGCUGCUGAUGGGAGCAAGCUUCCUGCAGCUGCAGAGCAUCAAGGACGCCUGCUGCACGUUCCUUCGAGAACGGCUCCACCCAAAAAAUUGCCUAGGUGUACGCCAAUUUGCUGAGACAAUGAUGUGCGCUGUGCUGUACGAUGCAGCCAACAGCUUCAUCCACCAGCACUUUGUGGAGGUGUCCGCGUCAGAAGAAUUCCUGGCCUUGCCCUUGGAGGACGUGCUCGAGCUGGUGUCUCGGGAUGAGCUGAAUGUCAAAUCUGAGGAACAGGUCUUUGAAGCCGCGUUGGCCUGGGUCAGAUAUGACCGGGAGCAGAGGGGGCUCUGCCUGCCUGAGCUGCUGUCCAAUAUCCGCCUGCCCCUCUGCCGGCCCCAGUUCCUGUCAGACCGAGUGCAGCAGGAUGACCUGGUGCGUUGCUGCCACAAGUGCAGGGACCUGGUAGAUGAAGCGAAGGACUAUCACCUCAUGCCAGAGCGCCGGCCUCACCUGCCAGCUUUCAGAACUCGGCCUCGCUGCUGCACAUCCAUCGCUGGCCUUAUCUAUGCCGUGGGAGGCCUCAACUCAGCAGCAAAUUUUUAUGCAGGUGAUUCCCUGAACGUGGUGGAAGUAUUCGACCCCAUCGCCAAUCGCUGGGAGAAGUGCCAUCCCAUGACAACGGCCCGCAGCCGCGUCGGCGUGGCUGUGGUGAACGGGCUUCUCUAUGCCAUCGGGGGGUAUGACGGCCAGCUGCGGCUGAGCACUGUGGAGGUCUACAACCCAGAGACGGACACGUGGACCCGAGUGGGGAGCAUGAACAGCAAGAGAAGUGCCAUGGGGACGGUCGUGCUGGACGGGCAGAUCUACGUCUGUGGGGGCUACGAUGGCAACUCUUCCCUCAACUCUGUGGAGACCUACUCACCUGAGACGGACAAGUGGACGGUGGUGACCCCGAUGAGCUCGAAUCGCAGCGCUGCCGGGGUCACAGUCUUUGAGGGCAGGAUACACGUGUCGGGCGGCCACGACGGCCUGCAGAUCUUCAACAGUGUGGAGCACUACAACCACCACACCGCCACCUGGCACCCAGCAGCUGGCAUGCUGAACAAGCGUUGCCGGCAUGGAGCCGCCUCCCUGGGGAGCAAGAUGUUUGUCUGUGGGGGCUACGACGGCUCGGGCUUCCUCAGCAUCGCCGAGAUGUACAGCUCUGUAGCAGACCAGUGGUGCCUGAUCGUCCCCAUGCACACGCGCCGGAGUCGCGUCUCCCUGGUGGCCAGCUGUGGGCGUCUCUACGCUGUGGGGGGGUAUGACGGACAGUCCAACCUGAGCUCGGUGGAGAUGUACGACCCCGAGACGGACCGCUGGACGUUUAUGGCCCCUAUGGCAUGUCACGAGGGAGGGGUCGGUGUGGGCUGCAUCCCUCUCCUCACCAUCUAAGGCAGAGGGUGGGAUGUGGUGGGGUAGGGAUCUGGUACAAACAGGCACUUCCUUCCAGGGACAGUCCCUCCCGGGGGAGGUGGUGGACCAGAAGAUGCAGUGCAAUGGGAGUUUGCCGGAGGUAACAGUUUCCCAGGUGCUUAAGUCCUCCCUCGCUGUGCUGCCCUUGUGACCUUCAGGUGUAGGUCAUCAAGAUGCACAGCAUGGGACAGAAGCUCCUCUGGGUCCUGCAGCUGGUGACAUGGGACUGCUUUGCUGGUCCACAUGCACACAGGUUCCAUCCAGGCCCAGCUCCCACCUGCUGUAGCUCUGGGCGGCCCGCGGGCAGAAGGCCUUCCAUCUGACGCUCCUUGCCUGCUGUUCUCCAGCCAUGUAGUGGCCAAUUUGUGAUAGGGUGGCUGCAGUGGCCAAGCCUGUGGCUGGGAGAGGACGACACACUCCAAGUGUUCUCACUGCCCACGAUGAUGCAGCCACAGCGACGUGCUGGUUGCACACCAGCACCUCCUCCUUCCAUCUUAGGGUACAGAAGAUUUUGUCCUCAUUGCUGGGUCAGCAGGGAGAACAGAAGCUUUUCCCGUGUCUGGUUUUGGGAUUUCAGUGAGGUCUUUUUCACCUUAUUCAGGAGAAACAGAAGAAAAAAAGGAUACUUGAAAGAAACUGAAGGAAAUUUUAAGAAACACUUGAAAGAAACUGGAGAGAAAAGUACUUUUUUUUAAGUGAACAUUUGUUUGCAAGAAGAAAACGCAAAUAAAAACACACUAAAAGGAAAUAUGUGUUUAAAUAGAAAACCACCCAACAUGAAAAGGGCGGUAUCCGCUCCCACGUUCGGAUCCCAGGGUCCUGAGGCCUCGCAUAGCACUUGGGGUUCCCUCUGAGCCCCACGUGUCUGGAAUCAGUGCUCUCGACUGGUCCUGUAGCAAGGUGCUCAUGGGGUUUGUCUUCCCACUCAUCAUCAGAGGACUUUUUUAAUCGUAGGCUUAGUGAGUCUGCUGAAUUACUGCCGCUGUUCUAGGUUGGCGCUCCCAGCGCGUUGCUGGAAGCUCCGGGCGCCCCCGUGGUUACCUCGCACUACCGCCAUGGCUCCGUUCAGAUUGUCCACCCCCACUCUCAUUCCUUCCUCACUCAACCAGCAGGAAACCGCAGGUCUGGCCAGAUUCUCACCCGCCCAUCUAUCAUUCUUCGAUAGCUGUCAUUGUGACGCUUCUGAGUCACGUUGACCGGACGUCUGGAGCCUAACCAGGGACUUGGUCCUUCCACCAGCCAUGGGCUGGCGUGGUCCAGUAACCGUCUACCCUGCCAGUCCACUGUUCCUCCAUCCCCUCGCCAAUUCCAGGGGUCUGGCCUCCCUCCAGCCCUUGGCAGACCGACCAGCAAGGUGGACCUUUACAUUCAAGCAAAGCUGGCUUUACAAUAUGAAGAACUAAAGGCCGAAAGAAUUCUUGCUGCUGCAAAGAACAGACUUUGUAUUUCUUCCUCUGAUCUUAGCAAAUGACCUCUUGAGGACAGUUCAUGCUCCUUCUUCCUCCUCCCUGGAUGGGACCUUGAUGUAGCACAGUGGGACCCAACCAGGAGGACACUUUGUGUUACCAGUGCACUGGGCAGUGGACUUGUCCUUCAACUGCUGCUGCCAAAAUCUGGUGUUCUAAAAUGCUUCCAGUAGAGACCGAAAGAGGGCACAGUUCCUUUAUUGCAAGACAGGGGCCUAGGGUCCUGCAUCUCCACCUGGUUGGUCUGUCUGUUGUUGCCUGCCUGGGGUGGCCCAGAAGCCUAUUCAGAAAGGCACAGUGUGGAGCCUGAGGUUUCUCCCACCCCAGGACCACAAGGUUUACCAGUGUGUGCAAUCGCCAUGUAUCCAGAGGGAAGUAUCUUUGUUACCUGCCACUUAGGAGCUGGGCCUCUGCUACAAGCACUUGAAAAUGAUGGGGUCUCUUUUCAAUGACUCAGAAAUCAGAUAUAGCUUAACCUGGGCUCCUGGAGCUCAGGCAUUUCUCACUCUCUCUCAGUUUGCCUACAGAGGUGGCCUCGAAGAACACUGGGGUCUGCGUUUCCCGUUAGGAGUAUAUCAGUGCUCAUCUUAUUAUAAUAAGCUCCUUUUGUAAAUUUGAAGCAGCACUGACAAACCUGCAUUGUGAAGGUGUUGAGAACCAGUCAGCGGGCUAAUGAGUGGGCCUCGCCAGGUCCUUAGGAUGCUGGCCCAGAUUCUGCCAUUGGUGGUGGCAGAUCAUUUUCCCCUGAUUUGCUGCUCUUGGAGUGACCUUCCUAAGUCCACUUCCACCUCCUGGUGUGGAAGUUACACUGCUGCACCUCGGAGCAUUUCCAGGUAAGGUGAAGCCAGGGCUUAGAUCUGGGCUCUGAGCACAAGCGUGCAAACACCAACAUCUCUCCAGUCAGUUCCUCGGUGUGAUAGUGAAUGUUUGCAAAUGGCUGGUCUGGCCCUUCGGUGUUGCAGCCUUUCCCAUAACCAUGAAAAGAAGAGACAUCACCCAGGGAUAUUGCAAAGGGUGUGGCAAGGAGGUAGGACAGAUGCUGUGCUCAGUGGGCCUUGGGGUCCAGCCCAACUCUGAGCGGAGGACCGUGGCCUCUGUCUUAGGGCAUUUCCCCGCCUCAGAUAACAUGGAGCCGCCUCUGCGGUUUCACCUGAGAGCAAAGCCAGGAUGGGAGCCGGAGACCAGCCUUUGACUCGGCUGGGGAGAUGUGAUUCGGGAGAAAUUCUGCUCUUCCCCCCACCCACAAUUUAUUGUUUCCCGGAAAAUCUCAUUUCCUUUUAUUUAUAGAACGCAUGUCUUUUGUGUUAAGAGACCAAAGAGAAAUAAAGAAUACCAUUCUAAUA